UGUACAAUCGGACCUAAAACUUGUUAGUUUACUUGCUGCACAUCGCACAACUCUCGCAAUUUUUGAAUCCUUCCAUUAACUAAAACAAAGAAUAGCUAGCAUGGCUGUCAAAUUCGACAGGAGUGCAGUAUUGGGCAAUGGCAUAGAUGGCAUGGUGUUUUUGGGCACUUUUGCUGGAGAAGAAGUUGCCGUCAAGAGGAUCCAGUUAAGAAUGGACAAAGAUGCCAAUGAUGCCCGUCAAAGUCGUGAAGAAGAAGCCAUGAAAAAACUGGAACACCCUAAUGUUCUCAAAUUAAUUGAGGUUCAAAAAGACCUCGAUUUCAAGUAUUUUAUUUUGGAACUAUGCCUGGGAACAGUUAGCGAUCACAUCAAAGGAAACUACAAAGGCCCGAUGCCUUCCGAAAUCGACGGAAUGAUUCAAAUGGCUAGCGGAUUGCAAUAUAUUCAUUCACGGCAAUUCGUCCAUCGAGAUAUCAAACCAGGAAAUGUAUUGAUUUCUAAAUCCCACGUUCUGAAAAUAUCGGAUUUCGGAUUCUGCCGACCAGUUACACUUUCCGGAAGUUUUUCAAUGUCGAGCGGACCCAAAGGCACCAGGAUCUAUAACUCGCCGGAAUUCCACGAUUCGGAAAACAAAAGCCCAGCGGAGAAGGAAAAAAUGCGAGCUAAUGUGUCAACAGACAUCUUUUCUUUAGGCUGUUUGUUUCAUACUUACAUCACAAAAGGCUGUCAUCCUUUCGCUAAAGGAAAGGUUACCAACGAGACCGAAACCAUCGGCAACAUCCUUAAUGGGAAUAAAUUUCUUGCAAGCGGCGAGUCUGGUCUUUCAAAGGAUCAUUAUGCAUUUUCAAUGAUCGACGGUAUGACGGAGAAGAUUGCAAAAGACCGUUGGAAAUUAGACCUAGUUUUGGAAACUCUGAAAAGUCAGAAACUGAUACUUCCACAGGAAUGAAAGACUAUAAGUUGAUUCUGUUUUCAAUUUACUUAUGAAACAGUUGAAAAUGCAUGUCGAAAGGCUAAAAUACAACAGCAGUUAAGCUUC